AUGGAUGCAGAUUCGCUGGAGCUCAUCAAAAGUCCCCUUGGCACUUCUAUCUUGGCUAUCUGCUAUGAUUCCUUGUUCCGAUGUGAAGAGAACCAAGUGUGUACCAUCCUGAAGCUUGGAUUAAGACCCCGGGAGAGUAUUUUCUGGUGGCGAGUUUACAUGGACCUCAUCCCCAUGUGCGGAUGGCUACAUCGGCGGGGUUUGUGUGCUGAUGUGUUAUGCCCGAUGGGAUGUAAUCAGUUGGAAGAACUGAACCAUGUCACGACUCAGUGCAAGAAAUUAGAUGAGGUUCUGCGACGGCUGGAGGCUUGGGGGUUCCCCACUCCGAGAUUUACUUCUCUGGAUGAGCUCAAGGGUGCGCUGAAAGGGGGGCUUUUGACAAAGGCUAGUUGGCCUCUUCUCUACUGUGCGGCUGUGCACCUCUGUUGGGGAAAUAGAAAUGCUAUUCGUCACGGAAAGAAUGAGUCCACUAUUACCAUGAUGGCUGCAAAGAUCCUGGGCUCGACCACGCAUAGUUUCUUUUCGCGUAACUUGGAGCAACGGUUCACCAAGUGGGCAUUAUCAUCCGGGACAGCUUGUGCAAGCUGA